UUAUAUACUUGUUUUUUUUUUUGUACUGGUUUCUUUGUGUGUGUGACUUUUCUUGGAUUUGAUCGGAUCUUGUUUAAAUUUGAAAUGCUUCAAAUAGAAGAAAUUUUAAAAGAUCCAUUUAAUCAAUAAGUUUCCUCUUAUACAUACACCCAGUGCCUGUGCUAGUAAUUACAUUUCAAAAUCUAGCAACACCUGAAUGGAACCUUGCAACGAGAUGUCAUUUUAACAAGUGUUGCAUUCUCGACAUCCAUAUUUUUUUCGUGUGUGUGUGAUCAAUUGAACUCAAUGGAUUUAUCCUAAUUAAUCUGCAGUCACAACCACAUCACCCAGAAUUGCAAGGUAGAGAUAACAGAGCGAGGAUCACACUUUCAAAUUAUCUGAUAUCUUAUUAAUUAUUUGAAUGAUGGAAAAUGAAUUUUGUGGUACAGAAAACAUUUCAGUCUUUGAAGGCUUGGAAAAGCUGCAGAACAACCAAAUUCCAUUACUUUUUUCUGCAGGAACUCAUUAUGAUGUUAGUUAUACAAUUGGAGGACAAUUUAGUAAACAGAUAACCAGCUUUUGUGCCCAAUUCCCAGAGCUGAAGUCUUCCUUACUUCCUUAUUACAAUUGUCAUGAAGGAAGAUCCGUCUAUGAGGGUUUCUUGGCAUCAUGUAAUGCAGCAUUUCCUCAAUAUGUUGAAGAAAUUAAAGGAAUGUCUGAUGGAUCAGGUGUGGCUUUUGAAAAUCUUUUCCUUUUAAAUUGCUUAAAUGAAAUGUUAAUACUUUCAAAGAAAUCUACUAAUCUUGAUGAUACUAGAGGCUGUACAUCUGUAUUUAUUAAUAGACCUGAUUUAAAAAUAUUGGCGCAUAAUGAGGACUAUAGUCCCCGUAUGGAAGCAUAUGUCUAUAUUGCCUGUUGUAAGAUUGAUGAUAACUUUGUAAAAAAGAAUGUCGUUCAAGAAGACCGGGAAUAUAUUACAGCUUAUUGUUAUCCAGGUUUCCUACCUGGAGGAAAUUUUAGUUUCAAUAAUCAUGGAAUGAUUUUUGCGUGCAAUGGUCUUUAUCCAGCUGAGACAUAUCGAGAAUGCAUUCCAAGACGAUUCAUUGACAGAAGUCUUUUGAGUGCAUCCAGUGUUACACAAGCUGUCAAGAUUCUAGAGGACAACAAACAUGGUGUGGCUUAUGGUAUUUGUUGCAAUAUGGCUUCAGUGAAAGACAAAGAUAACAUGUGGGCUCUUGAAGUAGGACCCAAACAUCAACAUUAUCUUCAUACAAUUCCACCACAGAAUGAUCCAAGCAAAGAUUGUCAUUAUAUUCAUGUUAAUACCUACCAACAUUUGAACAUUGAAGAACUCCCUGCAGUUGCAUAUGGUAGUUCUGCUCACCGUUACAAACAUGCUUCAAGCUUGCCUCCUCCACGUUCUGCCUUUGACAUUUGUAACAUCCUUGGUGAUACAGAUUGCAAGGAAUAUCCAAUUUACCGAACUCCAAGACCCACAGAUCGUUCUCAAACUCUAGCAACAGCAGUUUUUAAUAUUUUGGAAAACAAGGUUGAUAUCCAUUUAAAGAAUACCAAGGAUGAUAAAGCACCAGCAUUUAGUUUACCCCUGAAUUUUAUUUGAUUAUUACAGAGUAUUGAAUAGGUAAAACCAUUUAUUUACCUCAUAUAUAAGUAGUUACCAUUACAGCUAAAUCAUAUUUGUAUAAUAUCUUUAUAAUUAAUGAAAUAUUAUAAGAAAAAUAGUGCUUUUGAUUCAAAUUUUUAAUAAAAAUGUAUUUUUGAUAUUU